AUGACUCGCGUAACGAAUUCCAGCAACAAUACGUCAACGGCGACAAUCAAGUUUCUUUACAGUUACGGCGGAAAGAUUCUGCCACGUCAGACUGACGGCAAGCUCCGAUACGUCGGCGGUUACACUAGAGUUCUAGCCGCAGACCGUUCCGUCACCUACGCGGAGUUGAUCGUUAAGUUUUGGGAAGCGUGUGGAUUCUCCGUUGAUUUGAAGUGUAAGCUUCCGACCGAAGAUCUCGACGUGCUGGUGUCCGUCACUUGCGAUGAGGAUCUCGCCGCCGUUGUGGAGGAGUACGAUCGAGUUUCUCCCGACGCGAAGAUUAGAGCCGUUCUUUGUCCUGUCAAAUCGUUGAAGACGAUAUCUCCUGUUCCAUCCGUUGAAUCGCUCGUUGAGUUUUCAGCUUCGAAACCGCCGCCGUAUCCAGUGGUGGCCAACUCCGCCGUCCGAAAAGGAACGCAACGAUGCCAGGCGGUUGAUUUCUCUGCAUACAAGCUCCGUCGGCGUCUUCUUGCCGGACCUUGCCGUGAUAGUCCACCGUCGGUAUCCCGGUUUCGUGAAGAAAGAAUCCCUAUGCAAAAUUACUUUGUUCGUCGAUGGGAUUACAGUCAAUACUAA